AUGGCAGGCGAAGAAGGGAUCAUCCACGACCAUGAUGCGAUGGGGGAGAAGGGCGAAAUGACGCAUGAGGAAAUCAUCCACCUCACCGAGCUGACUCCUGAAGAAAAAAUCAUAGAGAAAAAGCUGCGACGCCUCAUCGACUCCAUUAUCCUCCCUUUCGUCAUUACUGUAUAUCUCAUGAAUUAUAUCGAUCGAAACAACUAUGCCUCUGCCAAAUUGCAAGGUCUUAUGACCUCGUUGCACAUGGACGCCAACCAAUACCAGACCGGUCUAUCCAUUCUCUUCGUUGGAUACAUCUUGAUGCAAGUCCCUUCCAACUUGGCCCUCAAUUAUGCAGGACGACCAUCUCUAUACAUCGGUUUCUUCGUCAUCGUUUGGGGUUUGGUUUCGGCUUUGACUAGCCAGGUCAAAAGCUACGGCGCGAUUGUCGCGUGUCGGUUUAUCCUCGGUGUAGUCGAGGCUCCUUUCUUUGCCGGUAUUUUGUUCUACCUUUCCAGCUGGUAUACCAAGAAAGAGCUCGCUCUUCGAAUGAGUAUUUUCUACUCUGGUUCUCUCCUCAGUGGUGCCUUUGGAAAUCUCAUCGCCGCUGGCAUCUUGUCCGGUCUCGCAGGCGCCCGUGGAAUGGCCGCCUGGCAAUGGCUGUACAUUAUUGAAGGAUCAGUCACAAUCUUCAUCGGUAUUCUCAUCAUGUUGUUCCUUCCCGACUUCCCCGAAACCUGGAAGCUCCUCAGCCCCGAAAUGAAGGCUGUUGCAAUGCGACGGCUUGCCAUUGAUGCCGCAGAGGCCGACGCCGAUGAAGCCGGUGGCAUGAGCCAAUGGCGCGGUGCAAAGCUCGCAUUCACCGACAAACGUACCUACUUGUUCGCCAUCGCAUACAUGUGCAUCGCCGCUGCCACUGGCUUCCAAUACUUCUUCCCAACCCUCACUAAGACUCUGGGCUACAACAAUAUUAUUUCAUUGCUGCUUGUUGCGCCGCCAUACGUGUUCAUGGUUGGCUAUUCCAUCCUUCACAACCAUCUGUCGGACAAGUACCAGAUGCGAUUCAUCGCGUUUAUAAUUCCCAUUCCAAUCUCCAUCAUUGGGUUCAUCAUCUUCAUGACAACAUCCAGCUUUGGCCCGCGUUACUUGUCGCUUUUCCUGAUGAACUUUGCCUUCUGCAUGAUCGGCACUUUGUUCGGCUGGAUUGGUUCUACUAUCGCUCGUCCUAAGGCAAAGCGUGCUGCCGCAUAUGCCUUUAUCAACUCGAUUGCCAAUUCAGCCAGUAUCUGGACUCCAUAUACCUACCGCGACCAGGAUGCGCCUCAUUAUCGCCCUGCUCUCGGCAUUUGUAUUGCCAUGCUGGGAGUAGCCUUCAUCGUCGGUGUGAUCUUGUAUGUUGAUCUCAGGGCGGAGAACAAGCGACUGGAGCGUAUGGAGAAUGAAGACGGUAUCUUGACCGAACGAGACCUGCGACGCCUGCAAAAGACUGCUGAAGUUGAAGGAAUUGACAUUGCGGCCGCUCGUCGGUUGCAGAAGGGAUUCCGUUAUGUUCUAUAA